AUGGUUUCUGGCUCUUGCCGGAUAGACCAGAAAUCUCUGUUAGUCCGAUUUCACAAUAGCCUGAGAUUCAACCAAUCCAAGUCUAUAAAAUUGGUGAGUUGGGAUUUAAGCUCAGAUUGCUGUGACUGGGCUGGAGUCACCUGCGAUGGGGGUGGUCUUGGUCGUGUUAUUGGCCUAAACUUGAGCAACGAAUCAAUUUCUAGUGGAAUUGAGAAUCCAAGUGCACUUUUCCGCCUUGGGUAUCUUCAGAAUCUUGAUCUGUCGUACAACAACUUCAACACAUCUAUUCCAGCUAGCUUUGCCACUCUCACAGGUUUGAUUUCUCUGAAUUUGUCUAAUGCUGGUUUUGUGGGUCAAAUUCCAAUCGAGAUUUCAUAUCUGACAAAGUUGGACACACUUGAUUUGUCUAUUAGUCAAUUAUUCUCUGGAAAACGCGCACUGAGACUUGAGAAUCCAAAUCUGGCAAAACUAGUUCAAAAUCUCACCCACCUAACAGAACUCCAUCUCGAUGGUGUGAAUAUAUCUGCGUCUGGGAAGGAGUGGUGCCGGACAUUAUCGUCUUCUUUGCCUAGUCUCAGAGUGUUGAGCUUGUCCAACUGUUUUCUCUCCGGCCCUUUCGAUAGUUCCCUUACGAAACUUCACUCUCUCUCAGAAAUUCGUUUGGACGGUAACAAUUUUUCUUCCUCCCCAGUUCCAAAAUUCUUUGCAAGUUUCUUGAAUUUGAGAAUCUUGCGUCUAAGCUCUUGCGGGUUGCAAGGAAAAUUUCCUACACAAGUAUUCCAGGUAUCAAGACUAGAGAUUAUUGACCUAUCAUUCAACAAAGAACUUCAGGGAUACUUGCCUGAUGGUUUUCAAAAUGCCUCUCUUAAGACCUUGGAGCUCAGCAACACAAAUUUUUCUGGGAGGCUACCAGAUUCCAUUGGUGCACUUGGGAAUCUGACGAGAAUAAAUCUAGCAACUUGCACAUUCACAGGACCAAUUCCUACUUCAAUGGAAAAUCUAACUGAACUUGUCUACUUGGACUUCUCAUCAAACACGUUUACCGGCUCAAUUCCAUCAUUGGAUGGCUCCAAAAAACUCAUGUAUGUGGACUUCUCCAACAAUUAUCUCUCUGGUGUGAUAUCAAACAUCGACUGGAAAGGCCUUUCAAAUUUGGUCCACAUUGACCUGAAGAAUAACUCAUUUAAUGGCAGCAUCCCUUUAUCUCUGUUUGCAAUCCAAUCGCUGCAGAAGAUUAUGCUUUCCUAUAACCAAUUUGGAGGCCAAAUUCCUGAAUUCCCGAAUGCAUCUACUCUGUCAUUGGAUACGCUGGAUUUGAGUAACAACAACCUAGAAGGGCCUGUUCCCCAUUCAGUGUUUGAGCUCAGAAGGCUCAACGUUCUCUCACUAGCAUCCAACAAGUUUAGUGGCACCAUAAAGCUAGAUCAGAUUCAAAAGCUUGUUAAUCUUACCACGGUUGACCUCUCAUACAACAAAUUGACAGUGGAUGUAAAUGCAACGAAUUCUACAUCCUCUUUCCCUCUGCGGCUGACCACAUUGAAACUGGCUUCUUGCAAUCUGAGAAUGUUUCCUGACCUAAGAAACCAGUCAAGAAUAACAAAUUUGGACCUUGCAGACAACAAAAUUGCUGGAUCAGUGCCUCCAUGGAUUGGCCAAGUCGGUAAUGGCUCUCUCCUUAAUCUAAAUCUUUCACGGAAUCUCCUGGUGAGUCUACCAGAACCUCUUUCUCUCUCUAAUACUCUUGCUGUAUUGGACCUACACAGUAACCAGCUCCAAGGGAAUAUACCAAGUCCUCCGCCGCUUGUUUCCGCCGUGGAUUUGUCUAAUAAUAACUUUUCUUCUUCGAUUCCAUAUAAUAUUGGUGAUAACCUUUCUGUUGCCAUCUUCUUUUCUCUCUCAAACAAUAGGGUUGAAGGAGUUAUACCUGAAUCAUUAUGCACAGCCAGUUAUCUGGAAGUUCUCGACUUGUCCAAUAACAGUCUGAUUGGGUCAAUACCAUCUUGUUUAAUUGAGAGGAAUCUGAGUGGAAAUUUACUGGAGGGGAAGGUGCCAGAAUCUCUGAUCAAUUGCACUAUAUUAGAGGUUUUAGACCUUGGGAGCAACAAAAUCAAUGAUACUUUCCCAUGCCUUUUAAGGAAUAUAUCAAGUUUGCGAGUCCUUGUUCUGCGAAAUAACAACUUUUACGGCAAUCUUAGUUGUCCGAGUAGCAAUGCCACAUGGGCAAGGCUUCAGAUUGUUGACAUAGCUUUGAACAGUUUUACUGGUAGACUACCAAAUAGAAUGUUAAGCAAAUGGAAGGCAAUGAUUGGAGCUGGAAAUGAAACCCACGGUCCCAUCAAAUUCAAGUUCCUAAAGGUUGGUGGAUUAUAUUAUCAAGAUUCAAUAACAGUUACCAGCAAAGGGCUCGAGAUGCAGCUUGUGAAGAUCCUAACCCUCUUCACAUCAAUAGAUGUUUCUUGCAACAAAUUUCAAGGGCAAAUACCAGAAAGGUUAGGGCAAUUCAGUGCACUGUAUAUUCUAAACUUGUCGCACAAUGCUCUUGAUGGCCAAAUCCCACCAUCUUUAGGCAAUGUGUCAAAUCUUGAAUCCUUAGACCUCUCAAACAACCACCUUACAGGAGAAAUUCCCCGGCAGCUCACAGACUUAACAUUUCUUUCAUUCCUGAACCUCUCAGGCAAUGAAUUAGUAGGAGAUAUUCCAACAGGUAGGCAGUUCCAAACAUUUGAGAACACUUCCUACCGAGGUAAUAAAGGACUCUGCGGACCUCCUUUGUCUAAACUUUGCUCACAUACACCACCUGGAGGAAAAAGUGAACGCCAUAUCCACAACAGCAAUGAAUUUGAUUGGGAUUUCAUAGUCCGAGGCUUGGGGUUUGGGAUGGGAGCAGGAGCAAUUGUUGCACCCAUAAUGUUCUGGAAGAAAGCCAAUAAGUGGUGCGAUGAUCGCAUUGAUAAAAUUCUUAUGGUUCUUCUGCCCAUGUUGGGAUUGGUAUACUACACAAAGGAUGACUGGAGGAUUGCACCUGAGGAAAUUUUUGAAGAAGAUGCAACAGAUGCCGACGAAGAUUAUAGUGAAGAGGAAGGUGACUUUGAAGGAAGGUAUUGUGUGUUUUGUACAAAACUUGAUAUCACAAGAACACGCGCCAUUCAUGAUUUGCAGUGUACUUGUUAUCACUCACCGCCUAUAUCAUCAUCUUCUUCUUCAUCAUUCUCAUCCUCUGAUUCUUCAUAGGCACAUCUUGAGUAAGGAAGAAUGCAGCUUUAUUUAUUUAUUUUUCCUUUUUUACAGUUUCUUCUUCUUCUUCUUUUGUAAUUUGUAAAUAGUACAGAAAGCAUCGACCAUAAAGUAGGAGUAAUGAGAACAUAACUUGAACAUACA